AUGCAGUGGACUAUUGGUUCCCAAUGCUGACUGUGCUGGAAGUUGGGGGUUAACUGGAUCAGGUUGUGUUACCGUCUUAAGCGGGGACUUAUAAGGGGUGAUCGACUGUCUAUGGUUAUUUUCCGUUUGUUUUCUCUUGGCCCAGGGAUCUGCACGGCGGGGAUCUCUGUCUGUUUUGCCGUCUUUUCUUCCAGGUGCUCUCGGCUUCCUUUUUACUUUUCAGGAGAAAUGCUGCUCCUCGUUUCAUCAAUCUCCCUCUUUCAUUUUCAUUCUUUAACCAGUCACUCACUGCAUCCCAACCACGAAACACCCAUCAUUAUGAAGUUAUCAACAACCCUUUUCAUCCUCCUGGUCACCACCAUCACGGGAGCCACCUCCGCCACCGUCCCCCUGGCACCAACCCGCCCCCGCGACGCCUCCCAAUUCCGCCUCCUACACACCCUAACCCCCUCACCCCCGUCCCACUCCCGCUUCCUCACCGCCGCCGCCCCCGCGGCAGCCGACGACUCAACAACAGAAACCACCAAAGGUGGCGCCGUCCUCACCCUCCCGGCCUCCGACACCUCCGCUAUAUCCUCGGUACAAGCAACCUUCCGCGUGCCCAGCGCGGUCCCGCCCGCCACCGGCCCAACGGCAGGCAACCCCGUCGGGCUGUACGCGGCGUCCUUCUGGGUGGGCAUCGACAGCGUCGGGCCUUUCUCUUUUUCCUGCCCUGGCAGUGGCGGUGGCAGUGGCGGUGGUGGUGCAUCCCGCCGGGCCCUGCGCGCGGGGGUGGAUAUCUUCUACGACGGCACGCUGGGCGGCGAGCAGAGUCCUUUUGCGUGGUACCAAUUUGCUGCUGCUUCCGGUUCCUCGGGCUCGGAUCCCGGAUCCGGGCAGGGGGGUACUACGACGGGGUUGGAAGGGUUUGGGAUCAUUCCGGGGGAUUUGGUUCGGUUUACACUCAGUGCUGGUUCUGGUGAUGCUGCUGGGGAGUCGGUGGUGGUGGUGCUGGCGGAGAACUUUGGGGCCAAUGUCAGCUGUGCGGAGGGAGCGACGCCCGUGACGAGUGUGAGACAGGUCUUGCCGGUUGGGGAAGGGGGACCGGCGUUGUGUGGGAGGGAGGCGGCGUGGAUGGUGGAGGAUUUUCCACUGGCUGGAUUGCCCGACUUCCCGAUUGCGUUGGCUAACUUUACGAGCGUCACCUUUGGCUCGGCGGGUGUCACGCUCGAGGAUGGAAGCAAGAGGGAUGUGACGGGGGCCGAGGUGAUGGAUGUCCGGCUUGAGGCCCAGGGUGGCAGGUUGACUAGCUGUGAAGUCUUGGACGGCAAGAAGGUCAAGUGUACGAGGGUCUUGGACGACAACUAGGAGGUAUACAAGUAACCAGCCAUGAGUAUAGCUGGAGUCGAAGCCGGGAGGAUGUAGAGCAAUUUUCCAAUCAUUUCAAUAAUACAGCUUGCGCCAAUCCGUU